AUGCGUUCACCAGCUGACCCCGCUGUCACUCGUCUGAGCGGAUAUGUAGCAUAUACCCUUGCAGGCUCCGGCAUCGCAGGGUUCUGUGAUGGUACAUUACAGAGUUGCACCUUAGCAAAGCCUUCGCGCAUAGCAUAUGACCAAUCCAGAGAAGCCUUCUUCAUUUUAGACCAGCAACUAGUCCAUGGUCUUAGAGUGAUAACUAAGGAUCUAGGCGUGCACACGCUUUCAUGGCGGCCCGACUGCGUUCUCCGUGCUCCGCGUAGCCUCGCCAUUCUAAACAAUAUCCUCCUUAUCGCGGACACUGGCAACGGGUCUGUGAAAUAUUUACUGUUAACUAACUACUUCAAACUAAGUCAGAAGCGUUCUACGGUCCAGUUCUGCUCGUCUACUUGUGGGGUUCUUCGAACGCUUUCAUUAGACGUCACGCAGCCAGUGGACAUUCUGCCAUAUUCUCCCACAAGCUUUUUAGUCCUUGAUGCUGUCCAGCGAUCGCUUAAGCUGGUUCUCCUUGACAUUUUUCUCGAGCAGCCAUCUGGAGAAGCUCUACUUGCCAUCCAGGCAGUCGAAACUCUCUAUGUCGGUGUUCUACGUCUUCCCAGUAAUAUGAUUGAUCUCUAUAAGCGCAAAUAUCUAUUAGUUUCUGAGAAAGCGUCCUUGGUGGUCAUUUCACUUGAAACAAAAAGGGGCGUAAAGUUCCGACUCAAAUGUCGUUCGUCUUCUAUGUCCCAAGCUAGCGAGAGCAGAAUGCGAUCUAAGGAUGAACAACGUUGUGGUCAAAAUGUAAAGCCAGAUAUUCAUCAAUCCUAUCUAUCCGAGCCUGAGCACAUCAGCGGACUUUCUGCGUACAAGAUGUCAUCUACUCAGACGAUUAUAUUUUUAGCAGAUAGCCAUACACAUAUGCUAUAUUACGCCAUUCUCGAUUUGCAGUCUACUUUAGAUUCUCUUGCCGAAGGAGCUCCAAAAGAGCCCACGGACGAUCGCUACAUAGACGUAUAUCAACUAACUAACCCUAUGCGACGAAGUGGGUAUCUGAAUGGAGCGCUCAAAAAAGCAGAGUUUAGCAAUCCUCAGGGUAUCCUUGCAUUUACAUUAGAUGGACAAUUAUGCAUAUCUGUUUGUGAUACCGGAAAUAGCGUCAUCAGACUGAUAGGGCCCGAUUUCUUAAAACAAGAAAGAGAGCAGCCGGCGUAUCUUCAAGUGCAAGCAAACAAUCACGACCUUAUACAAGGGAGGGUAAGAGCAGGAGCGGACAAGCAUUUCCUUGCUCUUCGUAGAGUACUUCAGCAGACUAAGGUCCAUAAUAUUAGCAGCGCUACCAUAAGGAAUACAGAUAAGAACAAUCGGGUGUGUGCAUCAAUAGCCCUGCCGGCCCCUCCGUUACUUAAAGAAAAACACGAACAUAAUAAGCAGAUUUUGUACCAUUACCUGACCAAAGCAAAUGUAACCCAUGCUAUUGAUGGAGACAUGCACCUAGAUGCGUGCAGGCUUGAAGAUCUUGAUGAAAGUGACACUCCAAGUCUGACAAGUGAGGACCCUCUGACAGCAGAGCUAGAGUCAAUAGAGAAAUCAGCAGAGACUAUCGGGCACGCAGAACAAGCAAGAAGACCCUCAUCAAUCCAUAAGACUCUACGUUCGUCUGGUAGAGCGAAGGCACAUGCCGAUGCAUCUGUGCAGUAUGAGUCAGAAAAGACGAUCUCGACCGCUGACAGAUCAACACAAGUGUUAUCUGAAGUCGAACCUAAGCUUGGACAAGAAUCUGACUCAAAUCCAGACUCCUUUACGCCAGAAUCACCAAUCUCAGUUCAAGAUUCACUGACCAUUGAUACAGAAAUACCAGAAGUUCCUCCAUCAUGUUGUACCAGCGACGCGACAAAGUGGGAGUUCCAGAUCAUAGGACGCACAUGGUUUGUUGUUCAUAACUUUGACGAAAGCGGCUCCCUUGUAAAGCAGCUAGACGAUCUUAUGGAUGAAAACCAUUUGUUCGACAUACAUCAAAAGAUAACGGGGCUUUCCACUGCAAUCUUGGCGCAGAAUGAUAGCAGACUGAUCAAAGAUCUCUUGCAGCUAGCGUUUUUAUUUUUCAAAAAAUUUUCCAAUCUCAAUGAGUACAUUACCCUCUAUCAAUCUCUUCCAUUCCCAAAAAAAUUUAAGCCGUCAAUUAAAUGCUUAAUGCUGCUGCGGUGUAUUUCGACUAACCGUCUGACCCAGCUCUCAGAUGCUAUGAUAAAUGAGAUUCUUUUACCACUGACUGCUCAGGGUUGGUUCUCCUCCACUUCAGCUGAUAUAAACUAUUUGAGCCUCCUGGGAUGGGGCAACGGAUGGGCGAUGGUUCUUGCCAUUAAGCUUCUGGUGAGAGAUACUCCAGUACCACUAACAAGGCCACCUGAGAAUAAACUAAGCGUACACACCCCGGGGCACACAAUACAGUCGGCAUUUGCUUUAGAUCUCGAAGUCACCGAUCCGGACUUCAGGCUCUCCGUUGCUGUCAUUGUAACUGAUGAAAGACUCGAAGGAAGGCAAGUCUUUGUUAAGGUUACAGAUGGAAUGGAGAUUAUGGCUCUAGAAAACUGCAAAUUAACAAAAGUUCAUAACCAGGAGCCAUGCAGGCCUGUCUUAUCUUCACAUCUAUCCUUGCCACUGACAUCAGUUACUGACCUCAUAAUUAAAGUUUCGUGCGCAGAUACAGUCAUCAGAACACAAGUACCCAUCAAGUCAAUAGCAGAAUUGAGUGACAUUGCUAUAGACAAGGGCCUGGACUCAGGUCUAGUCCCUGCAUGGGCAGUCAAUCUAAUGAAGUAUACACUUAUCGUUAGUCAAUAA